UGCACAGUGGGAGGAGGGAGGAGGAAGGCGGAUCUGAGUCCAGACUCCAGGACUUCCUCAGAGGAGCAGAGCUCAGCCUGCAGCAGCGCAAUCAUGGACGACGCUGCUCCACGUACCGCUCGCUCUUCGUUGGCGUGGCUGGUGGGAGCGUCACAGGUGCUGGGUCUGGCGGCGGUGGUGCUGACCGGCGUGUGGAUGGGUCACUACCACGGGGGCUUCGCCUGGGACGGCUCAUCGCGGGAGUUCAACCUGCACCCUCUGUGCAUGGUGCUGGGACUGGUCUUCCUGCACGGUGACGCCAUCCUGGUGUACAGAGUGUUUCGAAAUGAGGCGAAGAGAAACGUUAAGCUGCUUCACGGCAUCAUUCACCUGCUGGCCCUCAUCAUCAGCAUCAUCGGUUUUGCAGCUGUGUUUGAUUUCCACCGAGCAGCAAAGAUCCCAGACAUGUACUCUCUACACAGCUGGUGUGGCAUGGCAACCUUAGUCUUAUUCUGCAUACAGUGGGUCAUGGGUUUGGUGUUCUUCCUGUUUCCUGUUGCGUCGUCAUGGUUACGAGCCUCAUACCUCCCCGUUCACGUGUUCUGCGGUCUGGUUCUGCUGGUUAUGGCCAUCGGGAGCAGCCUGCUCGGCAUCACGGAGAAGCUCCUCUUCAGCAUCAUGUCGACCUACUCUCAGCUGGUUCCAGAGGGGGUGCUGGCCAACAUCUUGGGGAUCCUGCUGGUGUGUUUCGGGGUGCUGCUCGGCUUCCUGAUCACCAGAGAGGAGUACAGACGUCCACCGAACCCAGAGGAAGAGUCUCUGUCUGUCCAUUUCAAGACCCUGACAGAGGGCGGGUCACCCACAAUGCCUUGACCUCAGAGUGAUGUCUAACACCCUCAUCUGGAUGCAAACAGUGUCCUGCCAACAGGCGAGCUGUCGCACCAGUCUCUGUCAAUACCAAGCUACAAAGGCAUCAUCAGUUUAAACACACACGGCCGUGAACGUGGUCAGAAAAGACUGUUUCCAAAUGUUUAGAGAAGUCAAUAAAAUCAGGGACAGGAAGUGGAUCAGCUGACUUUCAACCCCAAAUUAUUUUUACUUUAUUUCAUUUGAUAAUGAACAGAAGUCCAGUCACUGUAAAAUAGUAUCACAACAAUCAGAUUUAAUAAUUAAUAGAGACAUGGCGAGGGGUCUGGCGCUUCCUCAUUUCAUACGCCUUUAAGCAAAACUGACCAAUCACAGCUCUUGUUCUCUCCACAUGGUGCCUCUGUAGUUACAUUUUUGAGCAUGUAAAUGUCACCUAUGUCAUGUACAGUUUAACCCCUACAUGCAGUUUGAGAGUGCCUGUUAGUCCUUCAGUAACUGCAGAUGUGCAGUAACUACAGCCUUCCACUAGAGCUCUGCAUGAUCCUGAAACUGAGACCCAAACCCUCUCGUACCUGAAUCUGACCCAGAGCUUUAUUUCUGCUUUACUUGACUUGUCACCGACUUUGCUGGAGCCAUCAGGUCAGUCCUGAACACUGGCCACAUGAUGGCACUAUAAGUGUCCUGAGUCACUGUCUGGCACAAUCUGGGCACGUUGUAGUCGACUGGUAUUGGUGAAAAAUAAAACCUAUCAAAUUCUGAUCCUUUCUUUACGAAUGUCACCACCGUUAAUUCCAUGAGUCUGAAAUUAAACUUGGUUGUUUGUUGGGUUCAACUCUGUUGCUAGAAAAGUCACAAGAAGGGAUACUUUGAUACCAUGUCGAUACCAAAAUUCUGAAAACACGAUGGUACAAGUCAAAACUGACAAAAUGUCAUGAACCCACAUGGACUACGACUUUGCGUUCAAGGCGGACCAUCAGGGAUUAAUUAUAAAAUUUAAUAUGUUUUUAAUCUCUCUAACUCUGCCAGGACGCCGACGUCCUCGCUCUCCCAGGCACACUACAUCAUCAGACCAUGUGAUGUUUGGUAUUGCCGGAUUCAGGAAGGAAUCAGGAAUCACACCUGAUUUCAAUAAGGUACAAUGUCUGAAGCUGGCUGAGUGUUGUUUGAUCACUGAUAGUACUGUUUUGAAGCAGAGUGACCCACUUGUCAUUUGGAGCUCCGCCUGGAUCUUUUCAUGGUAAAAACACUGUAGAAUGGUCAUACUUUGAGCAGUCUUCUUCAAAUUUGAAACAAGUGUUCAUUGAUAGUGUGCCUACAGCCCCACAGUGUUAUUUACCUGCUCAGAUGAAGCCACAGACAGUUAUUCAUCCUGAAACACAUUUUUUAUUUUAUUUUAGGCAAAAUCUUCAACUUGUUACUGACUUCAGAGGCCCAUUACUCUGUCUCUGUAUCACCUAGAGUGUUUCUGACACUUUCACAAGAGAGUUUUCUUUCUGGCAAGACCUCAUGCAUGCAUGUAGUCAGAGCGGUUCAGAAGCUGCAGUCAUUGUAAUUUGGGUAUGUCAUUUUAGGCGUUUUUGCUACAAAAUGGGGGUGGAGUGCAAGAUUAAUAAAGGAGCGUAUCCUAAAGUACAUGUGAUUCAUUGUUUAUUAUUAUUGGUAUGGAAUUUGGUAUCAGAGCAUCUCUGGUACAGAGAAUCGCAGAGUUUAACUGAUAUUGGUAUCGACUACUAAAUUCCUGGUAUGGUGACAUGACUCUGUAACCCGACUGUACGAUCAGAGAGGACUGAAUGUUUCUGUCGUCCCAACAAAAUCAACAGAGUGACACGUCUUCUCCAGAAAAACAAUCUAGCUGAUCGCUUCAGGAGUCAAAUUCUCCUAUUUAACAUUUAAUUCCUAUCAUAUGAAUGAUCUAUAUUCUCACAUUUUGGCACAAACGUUUCUUUUUCUGUUGAAUGAAGUUGUUGCUUUAGUUUCCACUGGGUGGCUGUCAUUGAGGUAAAUCAGUCUGAUCAGACUGUAUCAGCAGAUAAUCAAUAUUAACAGAUCUGUUUCCUUUAAUUAACAUUUAUGUAAACAGCAAAAAUGGUUUUGAGGGAAAUGUAGUGCUGAGUGAAUUACAACAUGUCAACAUAAUGAGGAAAUGUUGCUAAUUAACGUACCUACAUUAGGUUUGUUGAUGACGUAUUUCAUUUGCUUUCCACCAAAAUGGUGAUCUGUAACACAGUAUCCACUCAUACUGACAACAUUUAACCAAAAUUAGGAUCUUUCCCAAACUUUAACCAAAGUGCUUUUGUUGCCUAAACACAGAGAGGAGUCUGAACCUGGUUGACACUGUUGUACAGUUUGGCUUUGUUGUGCUCGGACCACACUGCCUGCGUGAGCAGUGUGUGACAGCUACCUCGCUGAACUGCUGCAGCUCACACACAUGUGGUAUUCACACAGGCAGGGUUGCUGCUGCCAUAACUACUGUAUUUCGAAAAAUUAAAGGCCGGUACUUCACUUAUUUAUAGAGCUGUGCAGCCGCUGCAUUGUCAACAACACGAUCCUGCAAAUAUUUAAUAAAAAGCCUUGUGUAAACAAAAGUAUUCUGUCCAUAGAAACAUUUACAGAGGGCUUUUAUUUUGAAACAGAAACAGGAGGUCAUUCAUUCAUUUCCCAUAACCACUUAUCCUGUUGGGGGGGGGGCUAUACCAGCUGAUGAGAGGCGGGGGACAUCCAAGACAACCCCCCCUCUUGUUAUGAGGCAACUAACCACUGUGCCGCCCAAGAAAAGAAACAGGAAGUGUCAAGUUAAGAUAAAUAUGUAUAUUUCUUCUCGUUGAAACUAUAGUGACAGGUGAUAAGAUGACGAUAUGAUGAUCAAAAGAUAAUUUUUACUGUCCAUUUUGCUGAAAAUCGCACGUUACAUGGAAAAAACGGGAGACUUUGAACCUCCAAAUGCGCCUGAGCAGCGCUGCUCACGCAGGCAGUGUGGCCCAUGCGUUACGCACUACGAGUCAAACUGAUGCCAAACAUUGCACUCACCAGUGACCAUCUCCUCGAUGUAGACAUUUAUAUUUAUAACACAUCUGCCAUCUUGAUUUUCACCACUUUUAAUAAAUCACUUAAAAUAAAAAAAUUAGAAAUUAAUAGAUUUUUUUGAAAAGGACAAAAUAUCUGAAUAAUUCAUCCCUGUGUACGUAAAAAUGUAAAGAUCCAGUCCUCAUUAAACUGAUGGAUAAUGUCUCCAAAAUGAAAUAAUUUCUAUCACGCUACCUUUAAAGUCUCAACACUGUUAAUGACACUAAAAUAAAGUCUGUCCUUUUAUUUGAUGCCCCGCAGUAUCGACAGUUUAUCAGUGUUUGUCCAAACUGCAUUAAACACAGUGUAUUAGGCUGUUUGUAUUUAAAUGUCAUGUUGAAUAUAUCUGUCAUGUGUGUGUGUUCAGAUGUGUGUGUGUUUGGUUAUUUGCAGCACUUUUACUUCAAGGUGUUAAAUUCAUAUCUUUGAAUGUGUUGAAGCAAACGAUAUAUAACAUGUAGCUACAGUUUUUGUCUUGACUUCAGGACUCUGCACUAGUGCCUAAUGCUAAGCUUUUACUGUAAAUUACUGGACGUUGUUUGUCUUAUGUACUUCUUGAUAAUUCCAUGUUUGAAAGGGAAGUCUGAAUCUCUUAAUCUGUAAAUAAAAAUGUGUGAAAUGGC